AUGCAGUACUAUCCUGAGAAACUGUCCCUCAGCACGGUCCUGGAGAUCGGCAGUGAAAGUGUUACAGAUGACCCAGUCCAGUCUCGUUCCUCACUGCCAUGGCUCUUCCUGAAGAAACUAAUGAUGGUGAAUGUUACUGCCAGGUCUGUUAAACUUGCCCUGUCUGAUGAUGCUAAGGCUGAUGAGUCUGACACAGAGUGGGACAUUGAUGGGGAGAGCCUGCUGGACAGAAAUGAUGUAAAUCCUUUAGACAUUAUCACUGCACUUUUUCUCUGUUCAGACAGCUUUCUCCAGCAGGAAAUGACCCUGAAAAUGUCUUUGUGCCAGUUUUCUGUUCCUUUACUUCUGCCAAACUCUGACAACAAACAGAUAAUGUUCAUGCUUUGGGCAAUGAGAGAUAUUGUAAAGAAGUUUAGACCACAUUCACUAUCAGAUUCUAAGGGAUUUGUUGAGGAAAGAGUAGUUGGUUCUAGACUCCCAAUGGUGUCUUUUGUGAGACUCGGUGAAAGCAGACUUUCAAAGUCCCACAUUUUAAACAUGUUGCUCAGUAAUCCCCAACAGUACCAUGACACAUUUGUGCAUCGUAACAUGGAGUCAGGUGAUGCUUUGAGAAAGAUAUCUAAUGGCCUGGUGGAAAUCAGCUGGUACAUGCCAUGUGGGAACAAAAGUAUUGACAUCUUUCCGGAGCCUGUGGCUGUAGCCAAUUUGAGAGGUGAUAUCGGUACAUUUGAGAAUCAAUAUUGUUUCCUGUGCCAGACAUCUGCAGCAGUGUUUGUUGUUUUUGAUAAUCUGGAGACUACCUACAAGGUGCUCCCCAGAGAGCAUAUGAAAGGGCAGCUAUUUUUGGUUGGCAAUGCACAGAGCAGUACCUUCAAUUACGCUGCUUUGAAAAGUGAAGCCAAGCGCUUAGAAUUGAAGAAAAGAAAUAUCAUUCUCAAAGACAAAAAGAAUGAUGCAGACUUUAUCAAGGUUCUUCGCUCUAUGGUAACAGAUGUGAUUACACACAACCCACACAAGAUGGCACUGGAACAGAUGGCCACAGUGGCAGAAGAACUUGGAAUCCUUGUGGAUGAGAACACUGAUGAAUGUCAGCAUGCCAAGAGAAAUGCGGAUGCAAUCACAUCACAAAUACAGGACAUACAAGAAUUCAAAGAGAAACACCUUCCACUGCAGGGUGAUACAUGGCUGGAGUUGGCCAGGGUGGAAAAAGAGGAGUGCAGACUGAAGCAAGCUGGUAAUAAGGGAAUUGAACAAUAUAAAAGUGAUCUCAAAAUCAAGAAAAUGGAACUUAGAGACGCUCAAAGACAAUAUGAUAUGUCUGACACAAUGGCAUGUUUCAUUAGUGCACUAUCAAGUGGAAGCUUAGAGCGAUCAUACUUCUUAAAAUGGAUGAGGAUGAAUCUGGACAAUUUGUCUCUUACAAAACUUUCAAUUCUUAGAGAGCGGUAUAAAGAAAAAUGCCAGGACUCAGCAAGUAACAAGGAGGAGAUUGCAGAGCUGGACAACAAGAUUUCGAAGAGUUCCUUAGGAAUUGAACAAUUUUUACGUGAAAUGGGCCAGUUGUAUGAAUCAGCAGUCACCCUUCCAUUAGACGAAGAACGACAUAAGCAAAUGCGUUCUCUGCCCAGACGCUGUGCAGAGUUGUUGCUUGAUGGCUUCCCCAUUGAGCUGAUUGAUGGAGAUGCCUCAAAUAUACCCAUAAGAUGGGUGAAUGAUGUUCUUAAUGAGUUGAACAAUCUAGUGGAGCCAAACAAUAAAAUGUUAGUGGUGACAGUUUUGGGGGUACAAAGCACUGGAAAGUCUACCCUUCUGAACACAAUGUUUGGGGUGCAGUUUGCAGUCAGCAGCGGAAGAUGCACAAGAGGGGCUUUUAUGUUACUGAUUAGACUCAAAGAUGACAAGAGGAAAGAACUAAAUAGUGACUUUCUACUCAUCAUUGACACAGAAGGACUUAAGUCACCAGAACUGGCUCAGCUUGACUAUAGCUAUGAACAUGACAAUGAGUUGGCCACCCUUGUAGUUGGACUGAGUGAUGUUACAAUUAUAAACAUUGCUAUGGAGAACUCCACAGAAAUGAAAGACAUCUUGCAGAUUGUAGUCCAUGCCUUCCUCAGGAUGAAGGAGGUGGGCAAGAAGCCAAAAUGCCUGUUUGUACAUCAAAAUGUAGCUGAUGUCUCUGCACAUAACAAGAACAUGAAGGAUCGGAAAAUGCUGUUGGAACAGCUGAACAAGAUGACUCAGGCAGCAUCCAGAAUGGAGGACAAGGAGGAGAACAAAAAAUUCACUGAUGUGAUGGACUAUGAUCCAGAGACUGAUAGUUUCUACAUCCCUGGACUCUGGCAUGGAACUCCACCCAUGUCACCAGUCAGUGCAGGUUACUCUGAGUCUGUCUAUGACUUCAAAAAGAAUAUGAUUGGUCAUCUCAAGAAAUGCGAAACAUCUAGAAACACUGUGCCAGAUUUCCUGGAGUGGACCAAAAGCUUAUGGAAUGCUGUGAAGUUUGAAAACUUUAUCUUCAGCUUCAGGAACAGCUUGGUUGCUGAGGCCUACAUGAAGGUGUGCACUGAGUUCAGUAAGUGGGAAUGUAAAUUCAGAAAGGACAUGCAUGCAUGGCUCACAGCAGCUGAAACAACCAUUUCCAAUUUUGGAAAAUUUUCUAAGACAUCAGAGACAUCAGACAUAAAGUCUGUACUUGAUCAGCUGAAAACUGAUGCAUACACUGAGCUCAUCAAAGGAGAAACAUGGAUUUUGGAUGGGAUUUCUACAUACUACAAGCAGGCAGAUUGUCAUGUGGAACUUGUUGAAAAAUAUAGAAUGGACUUUGAAAACAGUGGCAUAGCUUUGAGAAGGGAAUUGGACAAUUAUGUGACAAAUCGUCUAGAUGGAGCAGCUUCACUCCGCCAGGGGAUGAUAAGGCUGGAGUCCAUCAAGAAGAAACACACCAGUGUAAUGGAGGACAGGGUGCUGAAGCUGCUUGAGGAGUGCCGCAAGAAGAAGUACUGGGCUGAUUUCAAGGAUAUCUUCCAGGAGCGAGACCAGUCUCAGAAGAAAGCGGAUGAGUUCACAUCAUCCUGCCUCAAACCAGCAGUAGAGAUCAGAGGCAAUGGUGUUUAUGUAGAUGGUGAACAAGACCGGACCAAGGAUAGACCCUUGAGGGACACCUCGCCGGACCCCCAGUGGGGCAGAACUAUGCCCAUCGACAACCACAGUUUGAGUUCUGUUGGCAAGAUAGUUCCUGAACCACUCAACUGCCUUAGAGCCCAAGCCAAUGUCCCGGAGUCUCUUGAGCAGGAUACGGUGAUCAACAGUGUCAAAGGCCUUUGA